AUGUCGACUCAGAAGGAUGCUGGCGGCGGUCGCCAGUGGUGGGUCCUUAUCCUGUUCUUGGGUCAUGCUAGUUGCUCGGUUUUCCUCAUACUUGUGAACAAGACCAUCUCAACUACCUUUCCCUUCGCUUGGACGGUGGUUGCUCUACAGAACACUGGAACGAUUUUGUGUUCUGUGUUUUUGCACAUCUGUGGGAAGGUCAUUUUGCGGCAGUUAAAGCCGCAUCAGGUUUUGCCGCUCCUCGUGGAUGCGGUUUUGCUGGUUGUUGUGUUGCUAAGCAGUUUCAAGGCUUUGGAGGAAGUCAGCGUGCCGCUCUACGUCGUGAUUCGCAACACUGUUCCAUUUCUGACAGCUCUAUGCGAACGAGUGGCUCUGAAGAAGCCACUGGAUGCCAUGCUGGUGAUAGCGCUAUUCAUAACAUUUGUUGGCACUAUCCUUUAUUCAGUCAGUGACUUCACGAUAAGAUACAAUGGUGCUCUCUAUGCUGUGUCGAACGCGGGACUUGUUGCUGGAAUGUGCACCUAUGAGCGGUAUUUGAUGACCUCUGCAAAUCUUGGAAUGUCUGCGAUCGACAUAAACUUUCACAGAGUAGUUUUGUCUAUGCCACUCAUAUUUGCUUUGGGAUACUUCGAGGGCUUCCCGGGGACCCUUCUGGACCUGGCAGCGCGAAGAUACGAAGCAGCUCUUGUGGCAUCUUCUGCUAUAGCAGCAUUUGGAAUUGGCACGCUGCUCCUGGCAUUGCAGGGCGAAGUGUCUGCAACAACGAUCCAGGUUGCCAACGUCGCUUACAAGUGUGCCACAACCGCAGUCAGCAGGCUGACUCAUCCAUCAGAGUUGACCUUUGCUGGAGUCAUAGGAUAUUGCGUAUGUACUAGUGGUGUCCUCACCUACACGCUCACAAGAAGCAGUGCCCUGACGAAGGACAAGGACAAACUGGACAAAAGCAAGUGA